GUUGAUGACGAUGGCAGACAGCGCAGGUCAGUAACUGAGUGGUGUAACUGGGAGGAGGAGUGCCUGCCUAGAUAAAAUAAUUUUCUCCGGCGACCUGCUCUCAAAAGACGGAAGAACAACACAUUAAACGAAUGAAGCGAAGGUAGUGUGAGAAACCGGUGAACUGUACGCGGACUGAGGCUGGUUCAGGGACGUCUCCUACAUUGUUUUGAAGGCCUGUUGCUAGCUUCGGGGAAUCCUCGGGCUAGCCCGGUAUACACCGGGCCGAGAGAGCGCAGGGGACCUGGACAGGAGCUCCGUGGGCUGGUUUUAUCGACCAGGUUUGACUGACGCCGGCUGUCCUAUCUUAUAAUCAAACGAAGACGUAACGUCUCCUGCUCCUCCGAGGCGGAUAUAAAUCAGCGUAACUCAAGACGCUGUGUGUUUGACAGCUAGCUAACAUUAGCUCACCUGUGUUUACAAGCUAACUUAGCCAGAUUGUGUGAAGAAGUUGGCACUCAGGUGUCUUUGUUUCAGUUAAGAUUUGCAUAUUUGGGUGCCACCAGCUGCCUGCUAGCUGGCGGUGAUUUGCAACCUUGUUCUUAUUCAGUCUACGCCGACUGAAGGUCGCCAGCCAGGCAGCUAGAUCAAAAGGUCCCCUGAGCUAAGGUUAUCGCAUCUUCGAGCUUAUCUACUGCUGCACAAAGUUUAUUUGUUGGUGUAGAGGAAUCAGACUUUCAUGAGUCGAUUAUCAAAGCUAUCUGUGACCAGCUGAAAGACAGUAUCCCGGAUGAAGACUCACAGAGAGGUGUGGAUUUUGAUGCUGUCAGGACUUACAGGUGUCACCUGUUCUUCUCGGCAUUAUUAAUCUCACACCGGCACCCAACAUCUGCUGCACCAGAAACACUUCAUCUGCUGUGUCGCUCUCUUGAGCUCAUUUGCUCAAGAAGGAUCCUCUUCAAAACAGACCACAAUGAAUCGUUACCUGCCGGUGGCACGACAGCACUUUCUGGCUGCCCUUGCCAGCACCAGUGUGGUGGUGAAAAGUAUAAGUGCCGUGGUGGUUCUCCUCUAUCUGUUGUCAUGGGCCAUCGACACUCCAUACGCACUGGGGGUGACCCCAGGCUACCUCUUUCCGCCCAACUUCUGGGUGUGGACACUUGUGACCCACGGGGUGGUGGAGCAGCACGUUUGGGGUGUGGCGGCCAACGUUGGGACAGUGAUGGCCUGCGGACGACUGCUGGAGCCUCUGUGGGGCGCUCUGGAGCUCCUGAUCUUUUUCGCAGUGGUUAAUGUAUCUGCAGGCCUCCUGGCAGGCCUCUCCUACCUCCUCACCUAUGUUGCCACCUUUGACCUGGACUACCUGUUUGCUGUCCGUGCCUACGGAGCAGCUGGGUUCCUGGGAGGUGUCCUGGUGGCGCUGAAGCAGACCAUGGGGGACACCACAGUGCUCAGAGUGCCACAGGUGAGACUCAAAGCAGCACCGGCUUUGGUCCUCCUUCUCCUGGCCUUACUGCGUCUGUCUGGGCUGCUCGACAGCUCUGCCCCGCUGGCUACGUACAGCUAUGGCGCCCUGUCCGGAUGGGUCUACCUGCGCUUCUACCAGAGGCACAGCCGGGGCCGCGGGGACAUGUCGGACCACUUUGCCUUUGCUAGCUUCUUCCCCGAGGCGCUGCAGCCGGCCGUGGGGCUGCUGGCGGGGCUGGUGCACUCCGCCCUGGUGAAGAUGAAGGUGUGCAGGAAGAUGGUGAAGAGAUAUGAUGUGGGGGCGCCGUCCUCCAUCACUAUCAGCCUGCCAGGGACUGACCCACAAGAUGCAGAGAGGAGGAGACAACUGGCCCUCAAGGCUCUCAACGAGCGUCUAAAGCGCGUGGAGGACCAGUCUGCCUGGCCCAGCAUGGACGACGAGGAAGACGAUGAUGAGGACGAAGUCAGAACCGACACGCACCCUCUCCUCCCAGUUGGGCGUGACCCCUCCUCCUCCACACCGAGACCAGCAGGAGGACCCCUCGGCGGCUCUCUCUCCUCCACAUCCUCAUCUUCGAUGUCACAGAGCAGUGGAGGGCCACCCACUGGCGGAGCGCAACACCCAGAGUCCAGCAUUAUCAGCUUCGAGGAUGCACCUUCUAGAUCGUAACAAACAGAACACACGUGUAAAGAUAUGCACACUCUGUUCGGUGUCACUGGCAGGUAUGCUCGUGUAUUCAGCGUCCCUGACUAGUAUACGAAUAUGUUCAGUGACAGUGAGUAGGUAUACGCUCAAUAUCACACACGCCAACACACACAACAUCUUCGACCAGUUCAUACACACAACUGUGCGCUCACAAACACACUUGUCAAUGUCAUCAUGAAGCCCAGUGGGGUGGUAACUGUACAGUGCUUUCAGUUCAGACAUGUUGGUUGUAAAUGCUCAGUAUAGUUGGGCAAACUGGACACUUCAUUCUUCUCUUCCUUCUCGCAUACAACCGAAAGUCAACCAGAAAUUCUGUCAUUUCCGGACUUGAUCCCAACUCGCAGAGCUCGGUUCACUGCUUCAUGUGUCUCUCUCUCUUGCUUUCUAAAUAAAUAACAAAAUGGGUGUACAAUAUUCUUUUUUAAGUCUUUUUCAGAGAAGCUGUGGUUGUUCUCUGAUUGCCUGCCAUGAGAAAGCCGCCAGUGACAGAGACUCACGCCGAAUUCUCGAAUGAAAGGCCGACUCUGCGCACAGCUAAGCUCUGAAAAAUGGCUGCAAGUGACAUUAGCUUUUUGGUUCACUGGUUAAGAUAUGUAACCAGGUGUGUAACGGAGGAGGGAUGAAAAGCACGUACUCAGCAGAGGUGCUGGACCAGAGGAAAGAAGCUGCUGCAGGUCUGUCCUGCUGAUGAACUAUGAUAUAAAACUUCAACAUCUAAAGAGGUGCCAGAUGAAAAGAAUUUUGUGGACCAGGUUCAUUUGCCGCCUGGUGUCUCUCUGGAACAACAGGCAGAGAAAUGGGCUGUGUACCCAAUUUGUUUUUUUAUCCCCUAUUUGUCGUUCAGUGGAGAACUAUUGUUUUUUUUUUCCUCUUCUUCUGGGUCGGUUCAUAACUAAACAAAAUCAAAAAAACACCUUUUGUUUCUGUGCACUAACAAGACAAGUUAACGGCGUUACAUGAUGAUUAUGGUUCUUGUUUUACGAGUUAUGACUUGGUUAUAUUUUUUAGCUCAAUAUAAAGCCUGGAGCAUCGUCCUGUACCAUUUUACACUUCCACCUGUGAGGAUCUGAAAUGAUACAAGGACCUGGGAGCAUGUGAUGCAGAGAAGUGGUCACUGUCUGUCAUGGCUGUUAGUUCUUUGGCAUCAUUAUAAAUGCAGAGAGGUGCAGGAGAAGGGUAGGGAAUGUGUGUGAUGGUUAUGCACAGACUGUGCAGGUGUUGUCAGAGUUGAGAGUCAGAGUUUGUAUCUGUGCUGUGUCAAACUCUGCUCUGGUUUGCUGCGUCUCAGACUCGUGAGGAAAACUGACUCCACAGACAGAAGUCGCCUGCAUUGAUCAGUAAUCGGCCCGGUCAGGGUUUCCCAGUCACAUCCUUUGCACUUGUAACAUCUUUUGUUUCUAAACUCACAAUACCAAACAGGGCCAGUGGUGGAUACAUUUCCAGGGAGGUUGACGGGCAGUGAAAUUGUUUCAUAUAAAACGCCUCAUAAAUUCUAUGCAGACCCAAAGGUCAGUGAUUCAUUCAUUUUGUAGACAGUCAUCGCUGUGGAUGUCACAGUUUAUUAUGGUAAUGAUCAAAGCAUUGAAUUCCACAUUUCCCAGUUGUCCUUGUUGAUUAACGUCAGUUGCAGCCAAUAAAUUAUUUCAGACGUUGCAAUCGCAGUGAUGACAAAGUCAGAUUUUUUUUACUUAAUGACUUGCAAACAUGAGGCUGAAAAUAUUUCCAAAUGAAAAGAGAAUUUCCAUAUGGCUAAGAGGAUGACACAUGCACUCCUGCUGAACAUACUUAACAAAGAGCAUUUAGUACAAAACAUCAUGUUCACUUCAUCCCUCUGUGAGAGUCGUCAUGGGACAACAGGCCCAGUAGAUUAAGUUGCUGGAAACUACACAAAAUGUUAGCAUUAAGUACAGAAACGUGUUGUUACAUGUUUAAUUCAUAGACAAAGUAGAUCUGUUUUUCAUAUUUAAUAAUCUAAUAAUUGUUUUGUGAGGAAUAACCUUGCAGUGGCCUUACUGAUCAUUUUAUUUGUCACAGACUGAGCUGGUGUAAAUCAAACUGAAAACAAACAUAACAGAAGAGACAGCGGGUUAUUUAUGAUCAGCAAAAUCACCAGAGUAGAUGUUGGCACUGUACGUGUCUGCAAACCACAGAUCACGUCAUAUUUCCAUGUUAUCAUGUAGCAGAUAUAUUAAAAUAAUGCACUUUUUUACAUUUCAGCAACACUGGUUAUGUUUAAAUACAAUAACCACUUAGUUAUUGUUAGGAAAAGAUCAUUUUUUGGCUUAAAAUACCUGGCUUCAGUGGCACAAUAAUGGCUGGUAAUGCAGCUGAUGUCCCCUCCGCCUCCUGGCGAGAAACUAAGCUCGUAAACAUGUAACAUGUAAUCACUUUAGAAACGUUGAUAUUGUACAUAUGAAACGCACAAAUGUAACAUAUCUGUGGUUUGCAGAAAUGUACUGUCCCUGUGUUUUCCUCUGGCGACUUGGGUGUUGUGCCAUCUAUUGCUCUCUAGUAGAAGAAAUGUCCUCCUCCUGUGUCCACCUAGAAGUAGCAGCCUGUGGUUUAUCAGUGUGAUUUUGGGACUGGAUAUGUCCUGAAUCUGAGAUGUUUACAGUUUAUGAACAACAUGUGUGGGAAGAAAGAAAAAAUGCAGUUAUAUAAGUCUGAUUGCUGAUCAGUUUGCAGUUUGCUCUGAGAGGUUCUGUGGAAACCAUCAGCUCACAGGCUCAGUCUCAUAGUCUGGACUUCAACAUGACUGACACAUUUGAUAGUGUAGUUUUGAGGAAGAAGAUCACAAGAUUUGCUUUUUGACAAAUAGCGGCAUGUGACCUGAUGUGUAAAGCGGGGGUAAGUGGGAUAAGCGAUAAUGUUGGCAGUUUGGGAACAUUUGCUCCUGGGAAUACACUGACUGACCUGAUCAAUCAGAACAAAGGCCACAUUAGCAGUCUGAUAUUCAAACUUCAACAGUUUCAUCUCGUUUCCCUGGUCUCCAUCCCAUACUUAUGUUUGAAUCUGACAGUGUGUUUCAGAUUAACUCUAUGAAGUAUGGCAGAUACAGUUUAAAUAUGUAGAGUUUGGACUCUGAUGUCCAAGCAAUGAGAAGCAGUUGUUUUUCACCUGGUGGAAAGGUGUUGCGUACGGGAAGUGAUAAGCCAUAUUAGAGUGAUGAACUUCUGUGUGUUCUGUCCUGUGUUUCUCCGUGUUCCUUCUGCUCAUUUCACUGUGGUCUUAUUUUGGCAAGAAGAUGUUUACGUUGGAUGAGGGGUCCAUUCUUUAGUUAAAUAUGAAUGACCUGUGGUAUUUACAUAACUGGCUGGACAGGAACAAGAGGCCAUGUCAAAUCCAGCUCCAGAGUGCAGAGAGGUUGUGCUGCAGUCAAAAAUCUGAAAUCUCGAACUGCAUGCUGCCAUCACAAGUAUUCACACUAGCAACGGAGGCAAAGUGUUUAAACAAACUAAUACAUACAGUAAUUACAGAUGGUGACAGUUUAAUGAUGUCAUUUUCAAACCAUUUUAUUUGUAACUUACUCUGGAAAUAGCAUGAUAUCUUUUUUAGCUUAGCUGCUGACACAACUCAGCUUGCAUCCGACAGUAUCAGCAAUGCGGCAAAACACGUUCCAUCAUGGAUGCCUGAAGAUAACUGUGAAGUUGUGUAAUCCAGUGACGUUGUGUAAUUUCACCAGUGAGAACGCGUAGGAAUGUUGUAGUUGGCAGUCUGAGGUUUCAGAUUGAGGCCCGGCCACUCUUAGUUUCAGCCAAACCUCCUCUAUCCAUCCCUGUUCACUUUUGUUUUUCUGUACUUACAUCUGUAAACAUCCUCCAAGAGAAGAAAGGGAUGCAAUCACAUACUGUCUUUGUGAAUAAUGUCGGUUUACAGUAGGUGUUGACAAACUAGGAAGGCCACAGGCAAGGAUAAUGAGUGUUGUCACUGGGUUUAACAAUGGACACAGCCUUUGAGUCAAUAGCCAGCACUUAAUGGCUAGAAUUGCAAAGUGGAUACACAAGUGUGGUUUGUCCUUACGUUAGUAUCUUGUCAUUAUUAAAGACAUACCACAGGCAGGUCGACUAUUUUUAAACCUCAGCAGGUGCUCUAAACGAAAGCAACCUGCAUUCACAUGAGAAUUAAAUUCUGCUUUGCAUCUCUAAUAUACAAAAUUAUUAUUUAUUAUCUCAGACUUCUGAGAAAAAAAUUCAAAAGAUAAAAAAUCUGCUCUUGUUUUUUUAAUCAAAAAGAUGAUAAACUCAUGAAUUCUUGUUUUUGUGAAUUAUGAGAUAAUCUCGUAAAUCCAGAAAAUUUGCGAGAAUCUUUUUUCCCAUGAAAACUUUUUUCUGUAUUCUGAGAAAGUUAUCUUUUUGAUUCAGAAAACGAGCAGAUUUUUUUUGUCUCAAGUAGCUUCCUCUGUUUUACCCACAAUUAGAUUUUUUUAGUUUCUCUAUACAGUCUUUAUUUUCCCUUGUUAUGUUAAAAUUUCAGUUAGCAAAUUUUAAUGUUACAAGGUGGGGGGAGCAUCUUUGACAAUAUAAAUUCAUAUUUUAAAGGUGUUUAUUUGCCAGCCUUCAUUCACAGGUACACAUUGGUUAUUAGUAGUUACUGGAGUGCAUCAUCAAGUCAAGAAUUUGGUAACAUGUCUACAUCAGCAUGACAUCACAUCAAUAAUCAUUUGGUAUGGUUUGAUCAUAAGCUGUAAAGUGAAUUCAUGUAUUCUAAAAGUUUGACUCAUCUCAUAGCCAGGUAAGCAACUAAUUACCUUAAAAUCUAAUUGGUUAAAACCUGACUUUGGGGUAACACCUGUGUCCCAGAUUUGUGGAUGAAAGCGGUUUUCCUUCCCUAAAACAAAUGACAGAUUACAGAUGAGACUGCUCUGUUUUUGUAUCCUGUUGGCAAAGGUGGUCCUUCACGGCAAUGUUUUCCUUUUCUUUAAAUCGUUUUCUGUCCCUCCUGUUGCACCAACAGAUCCUGUUCAUACUAAUGGCAGUCUCUCUCUAUCUCUGCACUGUGGCUGUUGCACAGACUUUUCUGUUUUAGUUUUCAGAUAUAUUUCUUUAUCUCUGUAUGAAAUAAAAUACGAUUGUAUGAAAUGAAAA